AUAUCCAACCAGAAAAUAUGUGUAAUAAAAUUUUGUAUUUCGAAUGUCUAAUUCCAUUUGAAUUUAAAAUGCAAAGCAGACAUUUUGAAUUUUAAUAUCCUUGCAGUAACUGUGUAUUUACAAUAGAAAAUAAAAUGGAGGUAUUUAUAUCAGACAUUCCAGAAGAAAUUCACAUGUUUAUCCUGAGUCGCUUGGAUGGACAAUCACUGGUCAGAGCCAAAAGGACAUGUAAAAUGUGGGCUUGUCUGAUUGAAAAUUUGGAGAAAUUCUUUGGUAUUUGGCUAAUGUGUUGUUUAAAUGAGAUUCCAUUGUUUAUGUUAACUGAAAUAAUGGGAUAUAAUCAAAAGAAAACUGAACACAAAAGUCUAAUAAAGUCAUAUAAACAGUUACCAUGGAUAUUUUGGAGAGAGAUUUAUGCUGAAUAUAAGAGAGCUUUUACCAUUGAGUGGGCUAAGAUGAAGAUGGCUGAUUUAUAUUAUGAUCAAACACACAGUGUGGUUACUUCAUUAGCUAUAAAAGAUGGUAAACUGUUAACAGGACAUGAAGAUGGUAGUGUGUUCUGUUGGAAAAAUGUUGCAAUGGAAGGUCUUGAUUUGAAACUUGUCCAUAAACAUCAGAGGAGGGUCACUUGUAUGGCUGUCACCACUACAUGUACAGAUGUAUCAGAACUUUUGUCCAGUAAAUGUCAUACCUUGAUAGUAACAGGGUCACAAGAUUAUGGUGUGUUUGUAUCGGACAUGACCAAGACAAAUUCUACAGAACUGGACUACUACAAUCUUCAAAUUAACUCAGUAAGCUGUUUUGGUCCAUACAUUACAUCAGUGGCUAAUGGUAGUUUUGUACAAGGUCAGUCAGUGUGGCAUGUAUCAACCGAAGGCAGCCUGACAGUAACCCAGGAGAGUAAACUAGAACCACCAGAUAACUAUUCUAAUCCUGUACAUGUAGCGUUAACAGAGGAUAGGGUAUUUGUAGUUGAAGAAAAUGGAGGAUUAUAUAGAUGGACUUGGAAUGAUGGGAUACCAAACAAAUCUGUUGUGAUAAGAAAUCUCUCUUGUCCUGUUAAAUCUCUUAUCUGUAAAGACGAAUGUCUAGUCUGUCUUCUGGAAAAUGGUGAAUUAGAAGUCACAGAUAGUAAAAGUAGUUACAAUAGAAAGUGGAAUAUUUAUGAAUUAUUACAGAGACAACCAGAAAGUAUGGCAUGGAGAGGACCCCUAUUUGCACUGGGGACUCAAGGAGGAGUGGUAUAUAUGUAUUUAGUGAAAGACAUUGAAGACAUGAAAAGUUUAGAUCUCACAAAACCUGCAGCAAAACUUAUAGUAGAAGCUGAACAUGUCAAUCAUAUUGCCAUAGGAGAUGACGGAUCUAGUCCUCUAGUAGCCAUAGCAACAGAACAAUUGCAUUUAUCACUGUUUAAAUUUAUAAAAUGAAAAUAGUUGUUACAAAAGAACAAAUUAUUAUACAUUAAUAUAAACUAUUUUUACCUGUACUUUUGUAAUAAUGUUUUAACAUUGUUUAUAUUUUAUGGUUGUGCAAUGUUUAACAGUAAUGUGGACUAUUUUUACUGGGUAAUUAUAGGAGAUGCCAUGUCUGACUAUUGUAGGUAACUCCUUGGAUAACAUAUACAUUAUGUGAUGUUUAUGUCAAGUAACUUAUCAGGAAUGACAGGUUUCUGAUUAUUCAUUUGUUGAAUUACAUCUUUAUUUUGACUAUGUUGUCUAAGACUAGUAUGUUGGUAAUGAUUUUUCAUGAUGAAUGAUAGAUUUCAAGAAGAUAUUGCAAUUCAUUCAUUUUAAAGAAAUUUUCAGUUUAAGGGGAGAUAACAAGUAGCAAAAUUAUUUUUGCUAUGUUUUACUAUUAAAAGUAUAAUGCCAUGAUGGUAUUGAGUUUAUUAUUGAGUAUUGAGGUGUUAUUUGUUUUACAUGAUGAAGAGAUCAUCAAAAGUUUAGUUUUACAUUCUUCCAUUUGAAGUAUCAGGCAUUAAUUUAAUACAUAUUGUAACUCAAAUGUUCAGUUUAAGGGGAGAUAACAAUUAUCAAAAUUAUUUUGACUAUGUUUUCUUAACGCAUGAUGCCAGUAUAGUAUUGAGUUCAUUAUUGAGUAUUGAGUUCAUUUUUUGUUUUCUAUGAUGGAAGAGUUCAUAAACAGUUUUGUUUUACUUUUUUAUUUCAUUUAAAAUGACAGGUAGUUUAUUUAUUUUAACUAUGUUUUCCUUAAUUAUGAAUUUUUAAAUGUUUUGCUUCAAUGUAUGACAGUUAUUUGGAUUGAUAAAAAAUAAAUUAAGAUAAAUUGAAAGAUUCAACACUUGUUGCCUGUUGUGAGGGAUCUAUUGAGUAGCUGUUUUUUGUAAUACAUCAUCUGGAAUUUUUUUUUUAGAGAAUGGUACUUUUUUAAAAUCUAUUUGAGAGUAAUUUAUCUUUGUUUUAUGGCUAUAUCUGAUGUUAAAGAAUAAACCAUGUUGGGUGAUAAUUUAUUUCUUUUUUUCCAAACUGAAAUUAUACCAUAAUGUUAUCAUACAAAUUAUUUUGUGUAUAAAAAUCUUGUAAUGUCAGUACAUAUUUAACACUGAAAACUAAAUAUAUGUAAUUAAAAUAAUGUUUUUGUUCAAAAUUUCUUCAAGGGACCAAAUAAAAAAAAAACUUUUAUGUAGUCCUCACUAUAAUAUAUGUUCUAUUACCGAAACAUUACCUUAAAAGUUUUGUCACCAGUGUUACAUGACAAAUAUGUCAUGUAUAAAGUCAUGUUAAGGGCUUGUUGCAACCAAACUUAGGUUAGAUAAUGUAUUUUUUCAUUCUCUUUACAAUUUUUUUUAUUAAUAACCCAAUCGGCUUUCUAUCAUGGCAGUCAAUAUUAUUAAAAAAAGAAGAAGAUUUUGACAAGCAAAUUUUAACCCUUUUAAAA